AUGGACGGGGAAAGCUGGUCCCGAGGCCGGUGGGUCUUGCUAGCUGGGAGAUUUGGUGGCAGAUCUGGAUGUUUUGGUUGUAGAUCUGGAAUUCUUGUUGGCUCUGUUUUUGUGGUCUGGUUGGGCUCAAAACAAAGGUUGAAGGAGGCUGAGGAGAGGAGGGGCACAGUGUUGGGUCAGAGGAGCGGUGGAGGGGAAGGGGGAGAGAAAGAAGGACGAUCUGAGGAGGUAGAUGAUGAGAAGGAGGGAGGAGGAAGAGGUGGCGGUGGAGGAGCAGUAGGCGGAGGCUCGUUCUCCGGCAAUGGCUAUGGUUUUUCCAAGUUGAACAGUUAG